AUGCGAUCUCGUCGGGCGAGUGGUGGGAGCGCUUGUGAGCGCCAGCCCCUGUGGGCAAGACCAGAUGAAUUGGAGGACAGCAACAACAAAGACUUGAACAACAAACGCCACCUAGGCCUAUUCUCGACGGCCCUACUCCUGACUAACCGCAUGAUCGGCGCCGCCAUCUUCUCCGUACCAUCUUCCAUCUUUCUCAGCGUCGGCAGUGUGGGCGCAGCACUUUCGCUAUGGGUGGUGGGAAUUGUCCUGACCUUCUGCGGAUUUUACAUCUACCUGGAACUGGGGUGUCUAAUGCCGCGCACCGGUGGGGAGAAAGUGUACUUUGACACGGCAUAUCCUCGCCCCUAUCGUCUCGCUAGCACGCUUUACGCCUUCUAUGUGCUAUUUGGAUUCCCGGGCCUGGCCAGUAUCGUGGUCGCCGAUAACACCCUCCUUGCGUUCGAUAUCGCUCCCAGUGAGGCUGGGCAGCGACUGGCCGCGAUUGGAAUAAUGGCCUUGGUCGCAGCAUGCCUCUCGAUAUCCCGCGAAUGGAGCGUACGAAUUGUCAACUCGUCAAGCUUACUAAAGCUUGCGACCUUCCUGUUGAUUCUUGCAACCGCGUUUGCCAUCCUUGUGGGAGCGCUCCCAAACAAUGCCGAUACCGGAGCCAAUUUUCGCCAGCCAUUCGCUGGUUCUUCGACCACGGUAUAUGAUUACACCGUCUCGCUUUUCAAAGUACUAGAAUCUUUCCUGGGGUGGAACAGUGCAGGCCUGGUGUUAGGGGAGGUCAAGAACCCACGGAGGACCCUCAAGGUGGCUGGCCUGCUCGCGGUCGGCUCAGUUGGCAUCCUCUAUCUGUUGAUCAACAUCUCCUAUUUUAUUGUCGCGACACCAGACGAUAUUAGUCGGGCCGGUGUGCAGCUGGUCGCCCGUCUUCUGGGCAACAUCUUCGGGAGCGCCGCCUCGCGUGUCACCGCGGCCAUGGUCGCUCUCUCCACCUUUGGCAGUAUGAUCUCGACGGCAUUCGUAGGCACUCGGGUGAUCCGGGAGCUUGCACUCGAGGGAAUCGUUCCCGCAGCUGGCAUUUUGUCCAAGACAUCCAAGUCCGGUAGCCCAGCCACCGCGACAUCGGUGUUUAUGUUCGGACCUUCGGUAGUGGCGGUCUCAUUCUUGCCCUUUGGGGAUGCUUAUGCCUUUCUACUAGAUGUGAACCAGUAUUUCCUCGUGAUGAUAUACGGUGCGGUCGUGGUGGCUCUCUUCAUUAUUCGACAACACGUCCCGUCUGCCGAGUACCCAUUCCGCGUGUGGACAUGGGUACCAUAUCUCUUUCUCGCUUGUCAAGUUUUCCUCCUGCUGUCCCCUCUGGCAUCUCCCAGUGGGGCUGGCGACACCAAUUUGCCGUUCUGGCUUGCCCCUUCUGUGUCCUUCUUGGUGAUCGGACUCGGUAUGAUGUACUGGCGAGUGAAGUCGUUCGUUGCCCCUGCGGGUGACGAACCAUUCUGGACCCGACAGGAUAACCCUCAGUCGUAUGGUUCCGUGGCCGCGUCAUAAUUUAGCAUAGCCACGAGGACUAAGACAUAUCGGAGCACGGCUCACUAUGGAUCAUAAUAGACGAACAUACUAGAGUAGAGCCGAUUUGAUCGGACAGGACUACCCCAGCGGUUCUUUCAGGGGCUCACUUGAUUUGUAAAAGUAGUUUCUGCUUCCGCACCAUCUGGCCAUGACCGUUGUAAGUAGGUCCCCCUAAAUGGAUUUCUAGCCGCCGAAAAGAGCUCCUGAAACUACCAAUAAGGUAUGUUCUUUAAUUUUCUUGAUAGUAGAUUGAAGCCCUCAGGUAUGGUACAUCAUUAGGUUAGAGGAAUAUGUUGACGGCUGCGACCGACUGAGUCAUUUGUAGAACAUGAAGGAUCAUCCACUAUGCAUCCGGUACCAUAUUCAGGAGGCCCAUUUUAGCUACCUUCUUUCCGAGGUCUCCAUUCCGCUAGGAAGCGUAUAUAGUAUGGUUUCAUGAAACAUUGCAAUUGAACAAGCAGAACUUGGGUUGUACGUUAUGGAAGGCCUCGCACGUUGGACUAUUGAAGUAGUCCACA